UAUGAUUCUUAUUGCUGCUGCUACUUUGCGUAAAGAUAAUAAAUCUCAAUUCUCACUCGGAACUUAAUCAAUGAAAAUUAGAGAAGAGAAUCCUAAAGAAAUUGUAAAGACUAGUAUUUGUGGAGUUAUAGUAGGAAUGUUAUUUAAGAUAAUAUUUGCAAUAGUAGGAAUUGUAGGUAUAUUCAGAAACAUAGAAAAAGAAUCAGAGUAUAUAUGGAUGUUAGUAGUAUUAUCUGUCACUUAUAUUCUAUUUAUAUUUUACUUUAUCUAGCUACUUUUAGAUUUAAGGAUGAUAUUGGCUGAGUUAGAAUAAUAAUAAUAAGAAUCUGUAUAUAUGAAUCAAUACGCAUUUGAUUCCAGUAUGAAUAUCAUUUAUGCAAUCACAAAUACUGAAAAAUAUAAUCCUUUUAAACUAUUAAAUACUUAGUUCUACAUAAUUAUUUUAAUACUAAGCGCUGAAUUAAUUAAUUCAAAUAUGGUAAUAGGUUAAUUUUUAGCAAUAGUCAAUUAUAUAAUUGCAGCUAUCAUUAUACUUUAUAUUUCUAGAACAUGUUGGUUGUGUUGUUGCAAAAAAAAAUUUGUUACAAAAAAACCAAAUCGAUAUAGUUAUCAAUCUUGCCUUUGUAAAACUAUUAUCUAUAUUUUAGCUCCAAAUUAUGUUUAAAAGAUAGCUUUUCUUUUUGGAAUUUUAAUGCUUCUAUAUUAUGUAUUAAAAUGUGGUUUGUAUAUUAUAUUUCUUUUGAUUCAAAAUGAAGAUUAUAGAUUCACUUUUCUCGCUAGUUUAUUCUACUCAUUUAUUAUAUGCAUUCAAAUAAUCUACGUUCUCUAUUUAAUUAAAUAGAUUGACAUAUCUUUAUAUUCUGAAAAGUAUUUCAAAUGUUACAUGACAUUAUUUCAAUCUUUAUACCUUUCAAAUACUAUUUAAAAUAACAUUUUAAAAGGAUUAUACUUUUCUUCUAUUCUUUGCACUUAUAUUGCUUUCUUUAUAGAAAAGCCUUACAAAAAAAUUACAAAAGAUACAUUAUUUGGAAUUUUAUAAUUUUGUUCUUAUGAACAUUUUAUCUACUUCUUUACCAUUUUGUAACUUAUUUACUUUUUUUUUUUGAAAAGUUAUUGUGUAAAUGAGGAAGAAGAAUAACUCUAAGUAUUUGAAUUUAUUUAAACUUAACCUCAAGAAUAAAGACUUUAAUCGAUUCAUAAUAAUCAAGAUUAUUCUAUGGGUAAAUAAAAAUAAAAGAAUAAUUUCUAUCAAAUUGACGAUUUGGAUGCUCUUUAAGAAAUUUAUGACAAUAAAUAAUUUCAACAGUUAGAAUUAAAAAUGAAACUCAAAAGUGAUAAAUAAAUUUCAUUAGUAUAAUGGAUAGAAGAUAAAAAAAAGAAAUGCUAAUAAGAAGGUAAGAAUGUUGAUCAAGAUUAUUUUAUUAAUCUUAAAUAAUUUAUAGAAUAAAAUGUUAGAUAAAAAAAAGAUAAUAAAGAACAAUUAAAAUAAGAUCAAGAACUAAUGAAUUGUGCAAUUUGCAAAAAAAGUUUAGGUUAAAAAGAUAUAAUAUAGCUUGAAUGUAAUGUUAAACAUAGAUUCCAUACUGAAUGUAUAACAAAAUAGACUCAUGCUGUUCAUAAAUGUCCAUUAUGUAAUUAAUCCACUUGA